CAUUUUGUUGCAAUCUAGACGGAGUCGGGAGGGAAGUGGAGUCCGCGACUGCCACUCUGUUUUAACAUCACAUAUUCUUGGAAGGUGACGGAUUUGUAGGGAAUAUAGUUUUCUGUGCUCCCUACGUAGUCCGCCGAGAGAAUUCAGAAAGUUUCUUCUCACUUUUUCUUCGACGAAAGGCUUUAACAACCAAGCCUGAAGAAGUCGGUCUACGGCUUCCUGGAGCAUCGUGUGCCGAGGUGAAUUGAUGUUCAGCUCGUCUCCACUUAUAAACAACACUCAGUGGCACAUGAGAACCUCAGACCUUGCUGGACACACAAGUGCGGCGAGAAGUAGACAAAAGGCUACUUCGAGGACCUGGGGCCCGAUUGGAGGUGAACGAUUAAAGGGGGAUCUCUGUCUCGUCAACUCUAUUUCGACAACAAAGAGGUGACACGUAGUGCAAAAGCAGUAUGGGAGGUGGAGAGAGAUACAACAUUCCAGCGUCCCACCCUGAGCGCCAGCUGCCCAAGAAGAACCACCAGCUUGGCCGGGUUAAGCAGAGAAGCCGUGACCAAAACGGAGCAACAACAGUAGCAGCAUCUGCAGGGGGCCUUCACCAUCACAGCCACCGCCGAAGCGACAAAGGCAUAGCCUACCACAGGUCGCCAGAGGCGCGGCAGGCCGCGUCUGCAGAGAAGAAUGCUUCUGUCCGUUUUGCCACAGCUUAUGAUCAGAACUGGGAGGGUGCAGUGUCUCACCUCAACACACUCUUGGCCACCCAGGGAAGUCCGAGCUACGCAGGGCCGAAGUUCAGCGAGCCACCCGCGCCCAGCGUGUUGCCCAAACCGCCCAGUCACUGGGUGUCCUUCCCAAUGGGCUCCUGUGACAACAGGGAGAUGAUGGCCUUCGAGCUCAAGAGCCUCCUCAAAAUGCAGGCCUGAGAGGGAUACCAACACCUGAUCAAAAAUGCCCAAACUGGGACCCCUUUUAAAGGUACCCACUCACCAGGAACUCUGCAGUGCUGUAAUACUUUUAGCUGUUUUUUUAGACUUAUGUGACUUAAGGGUUAGGGGGCAUUUGCAGUAAUGCAUCAUGCUUCUAAUGUUUACACCCAUUUUAACCACUAUUAUAAAAUAUUACAGCACUGUAGCCUUGCUGGUUGGUGAUGCCUUUAGUGGAGUCCGUCCGUGACUAAACUGGAUAUCCUUUGUACUUUUGUUUUGUUCUUUUUAACGUUGGCUGUCAAAGCAGUGUGCGAGUGUAGUUUUUUUUUUCCAAACAAGGCUUGUAGUACAGGUCAGGAAGGCUCCCAUCACAUUUAUGGUCCAUUUCUGUGGACAGGUGAGCUUUUGUUUUGAUUUACACACCUUUUGAUGAUCCUUUAGAGUAACAUCUGAAGUAUCUGUUUGCUUGAGCAAACGUAAAAGUUGUAGCAUUUUCCCCCUCCCAGGUCCCACAGUUUUUCUUAUUUCUCACAUUUCUUGUUUGGAAUGAAAAGACACUCGACUGCAAUUCUGCAGGGAAAAAGAUUAUCUUAAGCUGUAGCCAGUAAAUACAGGUCAACCAUGUAACCCCAAAUUGAAGGGUGAUAAGAGACCACGGCACACGGGCCUUGGAUUGUCAACUCCUGUACCCCCUUUAUUGCGCUGUGCGCAUAUGCACUAUAGGAGAUGAAUUUGUCUAUGGCCCUUAACACUUUGUCAUAACAUUAUUUUGUACAAGUCCUUUUUGUUAUGGUUGAAAGAUGUAUGAAGAGCUGUGUGUAACCAAAGCAUUGUUUUUUUGUGACUUUUCUUUUAUUUUGGACAUCUGUGUGUGUGUGUGUGUGGUUGGCAUUAUUGUCACUGCCACUUUAACCUCAACAGCCAGAGUUGAUGGAUGGGCUAGAGUUCGCAGGGUCACCCUUAAAUCGUUCAUUUAUUCCAGUCAGCACUGUUAUUCCUUCUCAGUCUCUGCCUAUUCAGGACAAUGCUGUGGCUUUAACACGCGGAAGAGGGCCAUGGUCAGUUUUUGGGCAUGACGUGGUCCUGUUGGCUGCAGACAUACAAGCAAGGUUAGGCAGAGCUGAGAGGUUUCUGAAUUGAAAUGACCCAAGGGACUCGACGUAAGAUGGGAGGCUGCUGUGUGUUUACAAAAUAAGUCUGUCUUUGACCACCCCAGAAUCGGCAGGUAGUUGCUGCCUCUUGCCUCAGCCUCUUGUUUAACCUCUUGCACUGCAAUCAGACAUUUUUUAUUCAUUAGUUACAGGUCAGGAUGCUAUUGAAAUGGUGGCGAGACGACUAUCUAUGGAUUCUACAUUUUUGUGACUUGGUCCUCCAAUGAGGUCCUUUUUUUUUGUUUUCCCUUUGCAGAAUUGGAGCUGUUUAUGGCCAGCCUUAAGAUGACAAAACAAAAUUAUGAGAGCUUGUUAGUGUGUUCAAGAGCCAUGUAAAUAAUGAAAUGUAUAAUGUAUAAAGAAGUACUUGUAGCAUAUGUACAUUUGCAGACUGUGUUUGAGGUCUGCGUGACAAAAGUAUUUUUAGUAAUAACACUGAAUGUAUAGACAUGCUAAGAACAUGUCUUGACUUCAAUACUGAAGAAUAUUUUUGUUAAAAAAAUACCUGCCUAAAGCAUUUGCCAGUAUCCCUGCACUGUUAUCUUUCCAGAGAUCUUGCACAUGUUUUUUAUUGUUUUGUAAUAUGCAGUGUAGGGUGAAAGAUGCUUAGUGCAAACUUGGCGUGAGCACGAAAAAUAUCAAUUGGAUCCGAGGAGACUUGCACAUGUAUGGAAUCAAAUUCUGAAUGUGAUUACACUAUGUAAGCAUGGUGUUUUUAGUCUUGAUUUGACCUGUUAGUGCCUAAGUUAACCCCCCCCCCCCCAUGCUGGAAUCAUUUUUGUUAGGUGGAGAUUUCACAGAAUGGCCAAAUGUUUUGUUUCAUUUCUCCUUUCAAAACCACGUUCAGUUCUCAGCUGUUCUUCCGCCAACUGACAACUGAAUUUGGUUCCCAAGUUAAUAACGUUCCAUUGGUUUACAUGUACCUUUUCUGUAUUGCUCAGAUUGAGCCAUGCAUGGCACUGUCUCCUUAUUCUGAAAUUUGAAACUUUGAAUUGGCUUUGAAUUUGUCCCCUUGAAACGAUGUCACUCUACAGGAAAAUGUCCCCAUUUUAAUGAUUGGUAUGAAUUGUCUUUAAAAAAAAGUGAAAAAUGCACUCUUGAAUUGAUCACAAAAUUUUAACCAAAAGAAAAAUAAAUCCCUUCCCCUCCCCCCUA